CACGGGGAGCUAAAGAGGGGGCGAGGGCGGGGUGUGCCGAAAAACUAGCCAAUCCGGAGAAUGUGAGGCCCUCGUUGCUAGGAGACAAGUCCCGCCCCGCAGGCGGUACCGGAAGUGGCGGGCUGGGAUCAGCCUUUAAGAUGGCGUCUCCUCAGGGGGGCCAGAUUGCGAUCGCGAUGAGGCUUCGGAACCAGCUCCAGUCAGUGUACAAGAUGGACCCACUACGGAACGAGGAGGAGGUCCGGGUGAAGAUCAAAGACCUGAAUGAACACAUCGUUUGCUGCCUGUGCGCCGGCUACUUCGUGGAUGCCACCACCAUCACAGAGUGUCUCCACACCUUCUGCAAAAGUUGUAUCGUGAAGUACCUGCAAACCAGCAAGUACUGCCCCAUGUGCAACAUCAAGAUCCACGAGACGCAGCCGUUACUCAAUCUCAAACUGGAUCGGGUCAUGCAGGACAUAGUGUAUAAGCUAGUGCCAGGCUUGCAAGACAGUGAAGAGAAACGGAUUCGGGAAUUCUAUCAGUCCCGAGGCUUGGACAGAGUCUCCCAGCCCAGUGGUGAAGAGCCAGCCCUGAGCAACCUUGGCCUCCCCUUCAGCAGUUUUGACCACUCUAAAGCCCACUAUUAUCGAUAUGAUGAACAGCUGAGCCUAUGCCUGGAGCGGCUGAGUUCUGGCAAAGACAAGAAUAAAAAUGUCCUUCAGAACAAGUACGUUCGAUGUUCUGUUAGAGCUGAGGUCCGCCAUCUCCGAAGGGUUCUGUGUCACCGACUAAUGCUAAAUCCACAACAUGUACAGCUCCUUUUUGACAAUGAGGUUCUCCCUGAUCACAUGACAAUGAAACAGCUAUGGCUGUCCCGCUGGUUCGGCAAGCCAUCUCCUUUGCUUCUCCAAUACAGUGUGAAAGAGAAGAGGAGGUAGGGGCCAGGCUUGCUUCCACCCCCUUCCCACCCCUCCCCAGAUAUUUAUGUAAAAUUAACUGUGGCUUUAUUUUUUGAAAUAAAUGCUUUUAAAAAGCA